GGAGCCCCUGCCGUGGGCGCAAAGCGUCGCGCCGUGGCAGUGGGGGGCAAUCCGCACUUGAAGAACAGCGAGAAGCUCUUGCUACUCGUUGCGAAGCUUGGCUUGAAGAACGCCCAGGACAUGCGCGCAGUUCAAGCCACUCUGUUCAAGACGAUCAUGCUCAAGCGCGACAACGUGGUCGCAGAAGCUGCCUUGAAGGCCUUGAAGGCUCACACCGACAGCGCCAAAGAGAUGCAGCCUGAGCACCCUCCAGCUGUGUACAUGUGGGCAGCUAUCACCCGUGCGGCGGCCACCGUCGAGGGCCUCGAAGAGGCCCACAACAACGCGAUCAUCAACCACCGCCAGCAGGUGACGGACCCGGGGCAGCUGAAGGACAUCAUAUACCACGCGAAGACGGCCAGGACGCUCGACAAUAAUAAGGUCAAGCUUCAUCUCGCUGCGCACGCUUCCGUGGAGCCUGUGGUCAAAGGCAACUUGCGGGCUGGUCAACUCUCCGGUGGCCGCCAGAUGCACGGGCAGGCGCCGAAAGGGGGCCUCGAGAGGGACAUCCAGCGCUUGUUCGAGCAGCUGGGAGCGAUGGUAGCCGACGACGAGUGA